AGUCAAUGAAGAUUCUAUAGAACAAUUAAUAUUCUCUUUAUCUCUGUGUGUGUUUGUGUGUGAGAGAGAGAGAGAGAGAUGGGAUUCAAGAGUGAUCUUCUUGUGUGUACCAUUUUAGAAUGCGAAACAGGGGAAGAAAUGCUGGCGUCGAUGGACAUGGCCAAGAAACAAGGAGCUGAUAUUGUUGAACUCUGCCUUGCUUCUCUCUCUUUCUCUCACAUUUCUGAAGUUGAACACAUUUUCAAGCUCAGAAACUUGCCUUCAAUCGUCUCCUUCGGGUGUAGGAAGCAACGACGAAAGCAUUCCGUCUCAGAGGGAACGUGGCACCAAAUCAUAAACCGGGCUGUUGCCGUGGGUGUCGAAUUUGUCGAGAUUAAUCACGAGGUGCGUGCUUGGGAAAUAGUAAACGAACUGAAGAGAUCACAAUCCUGGAACACGAAGACGAAGACGAAGGUGAUCGUAUCGAAUUACGUAAACACAUGUGACAUAACGGCGGAAACACUAGGCGAUUUGAUUGUAGAAAUGCAAUCUACGAAUGCAGACAUCAUCAAACUCGUGAUCGACGUCGAUUACAUCACCCACGUAGCUCCCAUUUUCCGCAUGCUCACGCACUGUCAAGUGCCUCUGAUCGCUCGAGCCGUGGGGGAGAGAGGGCUCAUCAGCCAACUCCUCGGCCCCAAAUACGGCGCAUUCAUCGUCUCCGCAACCCUCAACGGCAAAACCCAGCCAGGACUGCCGCCUCUAGCUAGCAUUAGGCAGAUAUACAAACUAGACUGCCUAAACUCCCACACUAAAAUAUUUGGCGUUGUCUCCAAUCCAGUUGGCCACAGCAAAGGCCCCCUCCUCCACAACCCUGCUUUCAGACACACCGGCUUCAACGGCAUCUAUGUCCCCCUCUUGGUCGACGACCUUAGCGAAUUCUUCCGUGUUUACUCCUGCACCGACUUCGCUGGCUUCAGCGUCGGCUUGCCUCACAAGGAGACCGCCCUCGCCUGUUGCCAUGAAGUCGAUCCACUAGCUCUGUUGAUAGGUGCGGUCAAUACUAUCAUCCGGAGGCCCUCGGACGGGCUGCUCGUUGGCUACAACACAGACUGCGAGGCCUCUAUAACCGCCAUUGAAGAUGCAUACAGGGGUAGCAGCGUUAAUGGACGUCCGCAAAAUGUGUCACCCAUCUCUGGGAAGUUGUUUGUUUUGAUUGGAGCUGGUGGAGCGGGCAGAGCUAUGGCGUUUGGGGCUAGGAGCAGAGGGGCACGCGUCGUCAUCUUCAACCGCAAUUUUGAAAGAGCAAAGGCUCUUGCUGAAGCUGUUUCUGGUGAAGCUAUGCCCUACGAGUGCUUGAACGGAUUCCGGCCUGAAAAGGGGAUGAUUCUUGCUAACUCUUCUGCUAUUGGGAUGGAGCCAAAUGAAGACCAAACUCCCAUUUCCAAGGCUGCCUUGGCGUCAUAUGAGUUAGUUUUUGAUGCGGUUUACACGCCACGAAACACUCGGUUACUACAAGAGGCGGCUGAGGUUGGAGCCAUAGUAGUGAGUGGGGUGGAGAUGUUCAUCAGACAAGCACUUGGUCAGUUCAAACUCUUCACUCAUGGAUUAGCACCAGAGGAAUUUAUGCGCAAGGUUGUGCUAGAGCAUUUCUGAAGGUGUAUUCAACAAAAGAGCACAUUAAAAGAGAUUUAUGUAAAUAGAUUAGAGCAAUUCCUGCAUUCUGAUUGUAUUCUCACUUCAUAAAUUUGGCUCUAUGUCUUGAAAUAUAUAUUCCAUUUGCAAUA